AUGAAAGACCAGAUGUUGCAGGUGAACAUUAUACCUGUGGAAGAUAGUUUUGUGCAUUUGUCUUCAAAGCUGAUUCGUGAACUCAACGACCAGAGACACCACAGUCAUACAGUUUGUCUUAAAGUAACGGCCAUUGACGGUGUGCAACAGGAGUUUUAUGCGUCUUAUUGUCAAACUCCAUGCAAUUCAAAUGGAGCUGAUGCAUUUAAUAUUAGCUAUGAACUAUCAACAACAAUAGGACUUAAUGCAUCACAGUAUGUGUUAAUUUCAUUAAUUGAUCAAGUUUGUCCAUUAGAACGAGUCUUUGUUACCCCCGUCACUAAUGCAGAUUGGGACCUAUUAAUGCUCAAUAAUGUUUCACUUCAAGAUAGAAUUUUACAACAACUACAAAUAGUUCAUAAAAAUCAAAUUUUCCCAAUAUGGGUAUCGAAGUUUGUACAUUUAAAAAUUUGUAUAGAUGAUUUAGAAAACGGCUUACAAGUUGGAUCAUUAAAAGAUUCUACUGAAAUAGUUGUAAAUCCCAAUGUAAUGUCUUCAGAUAGAAAUAUUAACAUCAAUCAAAAUGUAGAUGAUAGUGUUCAAACAGACGCAAUAAAUCAAAAUUAUUGUAUUCCUAUUACAAAAUAUCACAAUCGUUUUAUUUAUCGCACAGUUUUAGUUGAAAAAACAUUGUUAGAAUCUGAUUAUAUAUAUGAUUAUUGUGCUCUUGUUUCUAAAGCACAUAUGUCAAUAAUAUAUAAAAACAAUGAUGCCUAUUCUACUAAGAAUAGUUUUGUUAGAAUAUCACUUAUUCAUGAACUUGAUAGAAUGAAAUCAGAAGACUCUCAAAUUAAAUCAAAAAUUAAAAACUCAUCUGUAAUUGUACGUUUAUGUCCAUUAGACCCAUUUAUGAAUAAUAUUGAGAAAAUGGAAGUUAUUACCUGGCCAACUAUUUAUGUUACCAAUAUCUUAAGCAAGAUUUUGGGUUUAAAAAUGAAUUCAAAGGUAAUAUUGGAACCACUGAGCCAAAUUGAAAAUGAAAUUUGUGAUGUUCAGAAUAUUCUUAUUUCACCAUCAAACAAUAUUAAAAUAGUUGAGGAAGAAACACUUAUCGAAUGUACAAUUAAGCGAUUGAAAGAUGAAAUCACACUUCGAGAUGUUUUGGUUUUAAAUAAUUCAACUUUACUACGAGUGGUAUACAAUAAAAUAUCAGCAAUAGAUGUAUUAGUGACAUUUUCUCCAUCAAAUAUUCCUUUUGUCUUACUUAAUGAAUUUAAUUUUGGAAUGAUCUCAUUUACAAGUACAACUGAUAAAAACCAUCGCAAUAAUCAUGUGAAUUCAAUAAAAACCACUGAUCCUAAGCUAUUAUCAGAAAUUCUGAUAUCCAACAUUUCAAAGCCGGAACAUUAUGAUUUAAAAUGUUUUAAUCAAAUGAAUUAUGCUGGAUCUUUAUGCUUGAAACCUGGCUUACAAUGUUACACUACUUUACCUCAAACAUUUUUUGCAUUUGAUAAUUUAUUGAUAACUGGAUCGAUUGCAUCUGGAAAAACAUCAGCAGCUAAACUAUUUUGUGAUAAACUUUCUAAGUGUCCAUAUUUUGUAAAAAUUAUUUGGAUUAAUGGGCGUUUCUUAGCAGGUAAAUUGUGGGAAACAGUUCAAAAACAAUUAAACAGCGAUUUUCAAGAAUGUUUGUAUUAUCAGCCUGCAAUUAUUGUUAUAGAUGAUUUUGAUGAUUUAUGUCAUUUAAAUUCUGAACCUAAUGAGCAUGCUGACAUGUCUAAAAUCUAUCUACGACCUCUGCAUUUGUUAAUGCGAAUGAUUGAAAAUUACACUAAUAAUCAGUAUCGUAUAAGGGUUAUUUGUACGGCUAAGCCAUUAAAUCAAGACAAUGAAAAUUUAUUUUCAAAACAGUUUAAACAUGUGUUUAGAACUGUGAUACAUGUACCAUCAAUUGACAAGGAAAACAGGAAAAUAAUUAUAUCAAAACGUCUCAAAAAAGUUAAAUUUAAUAAUGAUAUUGAUGAUAACUUUUUAAUGAGUAUUUGUGAUAAAAUGGAUAAUUAUGUAAUUCAAGAUCUUAUUGAUUAUUGUGAUAAAGUUUUGUUUGAAAUCUUUAAGGGUGGAUGUGAUGCAACAUUGAAUAAAACUAUUUUAACUGAUGUUUUUGAAAAAACUGUUCCACUUUCAUUACAUAAUGUAAAAUUAUUUAAAGAAAAAAAUAUUAAUUUUUCACAAGUGGGUGGUCUAGAAAAAGCUAAACAAUCAAUUACGGAAACAAUCAUUUGGCCAUCUUUAUAUUCUGAUGUUUUUAGUAAAUGUCCUCUUAAACUUCAGUCAGGAGUUUUAUUGUAUGGUGCACCAGGUACAGGCAAAACGUUGUUGGCAAGAGCAAUAGUUGGAGAGAGUAACUUAAAUUUUAUUUCAGUCAAUGGUCCUGAAUUGCUAUCCAAGUAUGUUGGUGAAAGUGAAGAAAGCGUGAGAAAAGUAUUUCAAAGAGCUCAAAACGCAAAACCAUGUAUUAUAUUCUUUGAUGAGUUUGAAAGUAUUGCACCCAAUCGAGGUUCAGAUCAAACUGGAGUGACAGACAGAGUGGUUAACCAAUUCUUAACCCAGUUAGAUGGUGUUGACACAUUUGAAGGCGUAUGGGUGAUUGCAGCCACUUCUCGCCCAGAUCUUGUUGAUCAGGCACUCUUAAGACCUGGUCGAAUUGGGGUCAAAUUACAUUGUCCGAUUCCAACAAUGAGUGAUAGAGAAGAUAUAUUACGAGUACUUUGUAACAAAGUUUCACUGUCUGAAGAUGUCGAUUUACAUACUAUUGCUACUGAAACAAACAACUAUACUGGCGCAGACUUAAAUGGACUGUUAUACACGACACUUUUAAUUGCAGAAAAAAAAUUACUGAAAGAUCAAGACAGUGCAUCGUCUUUGGAUCCUGAAGGCGGCUGUCAGCUAAGGAUUACAAACGACGAUUUUCGGGAUGCCCUAAAAUCAACUAAACCGUCGUUGCAUCAAUCCGAUAUCGACCGUUACGCAGAGAUACACAGGGUAUUUUCUGGAAAAAGAAUUUAUGGCGGAGGUAUUGCUGAAGUCAAUAACGAGAAUAGAAGACAACAGAAAACGACAUUCGCCUGA